GUAGGCACGGCCCUGGAAUAAAACAUUCCCUGCGGAAAGCCCCCAGAAGAGUCGCAGUUUCCAAAUCUUUCCGGGGGGCAGCCCCGCAGAGAGCAUGUUGCGGUAGUCAAGAUGGCUUGCCGCUUUUGCUAAUCCUUCUUGAACUCAUCUUCCUGUCCUUGGUUGGGGAGGCUAGGAAUUAUCCGAGAAAGUCAAGUUCCUGGACUGCGUAGAUCUCAUCAGCGCAAACCUCGACAGCAGUAAGGUGGCCUACAUUGGUCAACAUCACUACAACCCGACCCUGAUAAGAGAAACUCUCAUGUUCCUUCUUCCUGAAACGGGCUCCCCGUUCGUCGAGGAGCGGAUCAUGGCCUUGUCCAGAAUCACCAAGCUGGUCUGCUGCAUCACGUCCCAUUGCACACCCAAAGGAAUGAAGGACUUCAAGAUGGGGAAGCUGGCGGGGCACCUGGCGCUUUGCAGCAAGGACUCCAGCGAGAGCGUGUGCCACUGGGCGGCCGACGCGCUCCACUGCCUGUACACCCUGAUCCUUCACCAGAAGAGCAUGAUGAAGCCUGAGAAUGACACAGAAUUUAUGGAGCUUAUGCAGGAUUGGAAAGAGGAAAAGAUCUUCUGGCUGGCUUGGUUCUCUGACAUCAGCACCACCACCAUGAAAUUCAAAAAAUGCCUCCAUGCCGACGAGCAGAUGGACUUCCUCCUAGCUGCCAUCAAGGGCAUGAGGGACGACAACCUUUACCACACGAAGGCUGCCAUCCUGAUGAUGAAAGCCAUGCUGAGGGACCCCCAGCCUGUUUUCAUAAAGGUACGCUGCCUUGGAGCCUCCUGUUCCCCCUUCUCCUCUCUCCCCGGUCACCUCUUCCCACCUCUUUCCCCCCGCAGGUGCCCAAAACCACCAGGCUCCUGUAUUUCAGUCUGGAGCACAUCGGAGACCCACAGGCCCGCCUGGAAGUCUUCAGGUACCUCUUACUUCUGGGGAAGAACCGCCCUCAGGAUGUGGUGAAGACCCUGCUGGCCUGCUCUGUCCAGUGUGACAGGUGAGCGGGAUGGAGAGGGGGAU